CCCCGCGCCUGCGCAGUGGCCGCGGCGGCCGCGCGGGGGUCCGGCCGGUGCGGGGACCCAUGGCGGAGCCUGGGUCCGAGUCGGAGCCCCUGCUGGGUCGCGCCCACCGAGCCGGACAGCCGGACAGCCCCGCCGGCCGCAGCGUGCCAGCCGAUCCCGGUUCUGAGGCCAGGAGGGACGUGUGCCUGGACCGGGCGGUGGUCUUCAUCGAGGACGCCAUCCAGUACCGCUCCAUCAACCACCGCAUGGAUGCCCGCUCGCUCUGGCUGUACCGGUGGUAUUACUCCGACCUGUGCCAGUGGGUGCUCAGUGUCACCAUCUUCCUGGACCUGGCCUUGGCCUUUGUUGAGAAGCCCUCGUCACUCACCAUCACCUCAGACGUGCGCUACCGGGGCCCCCCCUGGAACCCGCCGUGCGGGCUGACGGAGAGUGUGGAGGGGGUCUGCCUGCUGGUCUUCGUGGCUGGCGUCUCUGUCAAGGGCUAUCUGGUGGGCUGGGCCCAGUUCCGCAGGAGCUCCUGGCUGCUGGCCUACGUGGUGGUGCUGGCCGUGUCCCUGGUCGACUGGACGGUGUCGCUGAGUCUCCUGUGUAAGGAGGCCCUGCGUGUCCGCCGGCUCCUGCGGCCUUUUUUCCUGAUGCAGAACUCCUCCAUGAUGAAGAAGACCCUCAAGUGUAUCCGCUGGUCGCUGCGGGAGAUGGCCAGUGUCAUGCUGCUCCUGGCGCUGCACCUGUGCCUGUUCACCAUGUUCGGGAUGCUGCUGUUCACGGGGGAGCAGGACGACUGGGAGGACCGCGAGCGGCUGGUCUACUUCCGCAACCUGCAGGAGUCCCUCACUUCCCUGCUUGUGCUGCUCACCACCGCCAACAACCCGGACGUGAUGAUCCCUGCCUACUCCAAGAACCGGGCCUACGCCAUCUUCUUCAUCAUCUUCACCCUGAUUGGGAGUCUGUUCCUGAUGAACUUGCUGACGGCCAUUAUUUACAACCAGUUCCGGGGCUACCUCAUGAAAUCCCUGCAGACCUCACUCAACCGCCGGCGCCUGGGCACUCGGGCCGCCUACGAGGUGCUGUCCAUGGAGGUGCAGCAGGCCGGCCAGCCCCCCAGAAUCGGGGUGAAGCCGGAAGACUUUCUGCAGGUGCUGCAGAAGGUGCAGCUGGACAGCACCCACAAACAGGCCAUCGUGGAGAAGGUGCUCUCCUACGGUGAGGAGCUGCUGUCGGCUGAGGAGUUCAUGAAGCUCUCCAACGAGUUUGACAGGAGGGUGGUCCAGGAGCAACCCCCCCGGCCCGUCUACCGCUCCCCCUUCCUGCGCACGGCCCAGCUCUUCUUUGGCCAUACCUGCUUCGACUACCUGGGCAACCUCAUCGCCCUGGGCAACCUGCUGUCCAUCUGCGUCUUCCUGGUGAUGGAUACCGACGUGAAGCCCCAGGACCGUGACGACUUCAUCCUGGGGGUGCUGAACUGCGUGUUUGUCCUGUACUAUGUGCUCGAGCUGCUGCUGAAGGUGUUUGCGCUGGGCCCGAGGGGCUACGUGUCCAGCCCCAGCAACCUGUUUGAUGGCCUGCUCACGCUCGUGCUGCUGGUGCUGGAGGUGUCCACCCUGGCCGUGUACAGCCUGCCGCACCCUGGCUGGAAGCCCGACGUGAUGGGGCUGCUGUCGCUGUGGGAGAUGGCGCGACUGCUCAACAUGCUCAUCGUCUUCCGCUUCCUGCGCAUCAUCCCCAGCAUGAAGCUCAUGGCCGUGGUGACCAGCACCUUCCUGGACCUGGUCAGGAACAUGCGGGCGUUUGGAGGGGUCCUGGUGGUGGUCUACUAUGAAUUUGCCAUCGUGGGCAUCAGCCUCUUCCAGGGCGUGGUGGUGCCACCCGGGAACAGCAGCCUGGCCCAGAACAGCUCCAUGCCCUGCGGGAGCUUUGAGCAGCUGGAGUACUGGGCCAACAACUUUGAUGACUUCGCAGCUGCUCUGGUGACCCUGUGGAACGUGAUGGUGGUUAACAACUGGCAGGUGUUUCUGGACGCCUUCCACCGCUACUCAGGCCCCUGGUCCAAGGUGUAUUUUGUGUCCUGGUGGCUGGUGUCCUCCGUCAUCUGGGUCAACCUCUUCCUGGCGCUGAUCCUGGAGAACUUCCUGCAGAAGUGGGACCGUCACAGCCACCUGCCGUCCCUCCCCGGGGCCCCCCAGGCCUUUGAGAGGAGGGUGGAGCUGCUGUUCCGGGACAUUCUGGAGGAGCCCACGGAGGAGGAACUGAUGGAGAAACUGAAGCACCACCCGCAUCUGGAGCUGUGCAGGUGACAGACAGACAGACAGCGGCUCAGGACACGGCCCCAGGAUGCAGGGCGGCCAGACCAGGGGCCCGAGGAGUCAGCACCCACAGCGCCCCGAGGCCGCGACACCCCGAGGCUGGGACAGGCCUCCCAUGUCCACAUCCACGGCUAGGCCGGGCGAUGUCCCGGUCACCGCUCCAGUGACACACGUCCCGAACCUCGGGGUCGAGGCAGGCCCCCCAGCACCCCCCACGUCUGUGGUGCCUUCCUGCUGGUGGCACUCAGGGACGGUCCCCAGGGCCACACGGCCACCAGCAGCCUCCCGGGGCCUUGGGCUGGGCUUGGCGGGGUCAGCAAGAGAGUCCCCAAUGCCACCCAGA